AUCUGACCCCAGAGCUGCGCCAGUGGCAGACGGCGCACACAGGCCAGUUGGAGAGCAGGAAGCCCCGCAGCGGGACGGGAACAUUCAGCUCAUAUCCGACCAGAUCCAGCUCCGGUCCAGCUGCAGUGAGUUCGGGUGUAAACACUGCUGGAGACCCAUGGUCUGGGCCUUGUCGUUGAGCAGGUGACUGGAUGGAAAGGCAGCUGUUACAGCGGGCCAAGGAGGCCUUCGUCAGUGGCAGGGCUCGACCUCUAGAGUUCAGACUCCAGCAGCUUCACGCCCUGCAGAGGAUGAUCCUGGAGAAGGAGACUGAGAUUUCCACUGCUCUCAAACAAGACAUCAACAGGAGCCAGUAUGACACACCUCUCCUGGAGCUGAUCGGCAUCGAGAAUGAGAUCAAGCUGGCCAUAGAGAAGCUUGCACAGUGGGCUGCUCCUCGUCCUGUAGAGAAGAACCUCUUUACUAUAUCGGAUGAGGUCUACAUUCAGCCAGAGCCCCUGGGAGUGGUUCUCAUCAUUGGGGCCUGGAACUACCCCUGGGCUCUAACUCUGAUUCCGUUGGUUGGAGCCAUCGCAGCAGGCAAUGCAGCUGUGGUGAAACCAUCCGAGUUGAGCGAGUGCUCGUCCCUCCUGCUGCAUGCACUGCUGCCUCGCUAUCUGGACAAGGAUCUGUACCCAGUAGUGACAGGUGGUGUGUCAGAGACCCAGCAGCUGCUGAGGCUCAGGUUUGAUCACAUCUUCUACACGGGCGGCAGCACAGCAGGCAAACUGGUGAUGGAGGCUGCAGCGCGCCACCUCACCCCUGUCACCCUGGAGCUGGGCGGGAAGAGCCCCUGCUACAUCGACAAGGACUGUGAUGUCAGGACGGCCUGCCGGCGUGUCACUUGGGGGAAGUUUGUGAACUGUGGCCAGACUUGCAUCGCUCCAGACUAUAUUCUAUGUGAGCCCUGCAUCCAGGGCCAGGUGGUUGAAUUCAUCCGACAGACUCUACUGGAAUUCUAUGGUGCUGAUCCGAAAUGCUCACCUGAUUACAGCCGAAUCAUCAACCAGCAGCACUUCAGCAGAAUCAUGAGUCUGAUGGAGGGAUACACUCCUGUUGUCGGGGGGCAGAGUGAUUCCUCACAGUGCUACAUUGCCCCAACGGUGCUGAAGGAUGUGCCCCCCCACUCCAGGCUGAUGCAGGAGGAGAUCUUCGGCCCUGUCCUGCCAAUAGUCACAGUGAGCGACAUGGAGGAUGCCAUUAACUUUAUCAAUGAGAGGGAGAAACCCUUGGCUCUCUAUAUCUUCUGUUCUGACCAGAAGACCAAGGCAAUAAAACGGAUGAUUGAGGAGACCACCAGUGGAGGAGUGACAGUUAAUGAUGUCAUGAUGCACUACACAGUCAGCUCGCUCCCAUUUGGAGGCGUUGGUCAGAGUGGCAUGGGUCGUUACCAUGGCAAACACACCUUCGACCAACUGAGUCACCAGAGAGCCUGUCUGAUUCGCUCGCUGAAGAUGGAGAGGGUAAAUCUGGCGCGCUAUCCCCCCCAGGACCGCCGGCGAGCGCGGAGGGUCCGCAUGGCCCUCCGGUCUCCUCUGAUCGACAUGUCCAAGAGGACGCUCAUCUGGGCUGUUGUGGCCACCAUCCUGGGCAUUGGCCUGUUCAUCACUCUGUUGGUCAUCCUGCUCAUAGCCGCCGGCCUUAACUGCACCUGCUGGUACUGGAGAGGCUUCUAUAACUAGCAGAGCUACAGAACCACUUCCCUUCACAAACUCUUUCCAAAGAUUUAAGAAAUGCUGCAGUGAUUUUACACUGAGAUCAGUUUGGAGUAGAGAUGUUUUAGAGAUUAAUAAAUACAUAAUUGUUUAGUCUAACUUUUUUCCCUGUUUCUUAAUUUUGUGUUACAGGAUUUUGCUCAGCGACUAAAUAACCCUAGCUCAGUCAUUACUGUUGUAAAUGGUUCUUUUCUUAAGGAAAUAAAUUCUAAACAAACAAAUCA